CUGUUUCCCAUCCUGACCGUUCUUGUCUUUAUGCAUCGGAGUCUCCUGCCUGAUGGUAGAAAGUCAAAGAGGACGCUGGAUGGACGGGUGGGAUCGUUGAUAAUACUAAGGGCCCUGCGUACACAGCGCUCCUGCAGGUGCCGAGUGAAUCGUGAUGCCCAACCAAACGGCCAAGAUCGCCGAAGCCCGGUUGGCGGUGGAGCAGCUGAAGCUGGAGGUCCACAUUGACCGGAUGCAGGUCUCCAAGGCGGCGGCCGAACUUCUGGCCUACUGUGAGGAGCACGCUAAAGAGGACCCUCUGGUCACCCCCGUCCCCAACUCAAGCAACCCGUUCCGAGACAAAGGCAUGUGUGCCAUCCUUUAGGGGCGACCUCGACUCACACCCUUCCCACAAUCCCUCCCCCAGUCCCAUCAGCCCCAGUCUACUUUGGAAGAUGUGAAAGUUGGCUGUCUGAUGGAAGACCAGUGCCUGCCGAUGGAUUUGUUAAUAUACUCUUGCCGAGUACCAGUUUACUAAUAGAAGCAAAGCUCCAGGGAGGCCUCAAAGCUCCCAGCGUAGAGAAAAGGGAAAUAACAGCUCACAUAUCGGGACUGAAGACAAUAUUUAUUGAUGUCCCGGGUCAGUUCCUGUCCCAUAGUGCCCUUCAACACAUUAGCCAACGGAUCAACAGACGCCUUUGUUUAAUCGGUUACCAUUCUGAGUUUGUCAACCCUCCAGGGCACAAAUAAAGCUCGGAAAAACAAAACAUCA